CAGGAUGUUGUGCAGGGACACCAGCCGCAGAUCAGCAGGCCCUAGGGAAAAACUCCCCCUGCCAUGGCCACGCUCUGGGCUGACACAGAGGAUGCCAAGACUGCAUACCCCUUGAUGUGGUGGGAUGAGAGAAGAGGUCUGGGCCCUUACGGCUGCUGCCUGGCUACUGUUCACAGGCCCAGCAGCUUCACCUUUGCUCCCCGGGAACGGCCCAGGAGGUAGAGAUGACUCUACCCCAUGAAAUUGCUCCAAAAUCCACAGUCUGCUCCCACGAACGUGCUGCUCUGCCACCUGGUGAUGGGAAAAGGACCUGGGAGCUGCUCUGCCACCUGGUGAUGGGAAAAGGACCUGGGAAGGGAGGACUGGGGACAGGCUGGCUCUGCGGGAGAUAUUCAGGGAUAACUGGUGCCUGCAUGGUGGCAUGGGCAGGGCACAGCAUGAGUUGCUGUAGGCACCUAGUGCACUCAAGUGAAGUCUGCGGAUGCCCGAACAAAUGCGGGAGCCUGCGGAGCUCGUGCUUCAGCAGAAACCUCCCAGCUGGAUACGAGAAAGGUGCAGGAUCCCAUCCUGCUUGCUUUGCUAAGCGCCUGGAGGGGACGAGCUAGCAAAAAUGCAGAGACGUCAUGUCUCAGCAGCUUUCCCCACCCAAACCAUCCCUGACAGCCAGUUCAGGGGGGAAAUUGCUUUUCAGGGAAAGUUAUUGCUGUGGUUCAUCCCCUCGACUCCUGCACCAGCUUGGGUUUAUAGUCCCUGCUCUGUCACCUCCGUCCUUGCCCUGCUCCUUCGCCUCGGAGCUUGCAAAGUGCUGCUGAAACCUGCCCUGGGGAGAGGCAAAGCAGGAGGCUGUGAUACGCAACCCGGGCACAGGCUUGCUGAUGCCGAGGCUGCAGAAAUUCCUUGAAGAGAGCAUUUCCGGGGCAAAAGCAGUGACAAAACCGUGGUGACGCGGAGCUGCUUUCGCUUUCAAUGGGGAAGUGGCGAUGGAGGUUCGUGCCAGCAGUCUGGGAAUGGCAUAAGGUUUUGUUUUUCUGUGCAGGGAAAUGCUUUGCUGGCGCCAGGGACCGGCAGCUGAGCCCGUUAUCUGCCGGGGUGGACGUGUCGAGGUGUCGCUCCCAGCACAACACCCCGGCUGGAGCCUGAAGAGCUCGAGCAUCCACCUAGGAGGGUCGGCCAGGGUGCACGCCUGCGAGGAAGAUGGUCCUUUCCUUCCCCGCCAGCCUCACCCUGCCUGGUUUUAUCUGCCUUUUCGCUCUCCGUGUCCAUGAGCUGCAAUCAGCUCCAUUCAGGGUGACGGGACAGGUGCAUCCCGUGGUGGCCGUCGUGGGAGACAACGCAGUGCUGCCCUGCCGCCUCUCGCCGGAGCAGAGCGCCUGGGCCAUGGAGGUGACCUGGUUUCGAGGACACUUCUCGCCCUUCGUGCACCGCUUCAAGGCGGGAAAGGACCAGCACGGCGAGCAGAUGCUGCAGUACCAAGGGCGGACCGAGCUGCUGCGGGAUGGCCUCAACAACGGUAGCGUGGACUUGAAAAUCUUCAGCGUCCGCCUGUCUGACGAAGGGAAUUACACCUGCUUCGUUCACGCCAAUUCAGGCUACGAGGAAGCUGUCCUGGAGCUGAAGGUGACAGCCACUGGCUUGGCCCCACUCAUCUCGCUGGAGGGCUACGAGGCCGGUGGCGUCCGCGUGGCGUGCCGCGGGGCCAGCUGGUACCCCCAGCCCCAGGUGCUGUGGAGGGGCUGCCGGGGCCAGCCUCUCCCCUCCGAGGCUGAGAGCACCGUGGUCCUCAGCCGGGCUGCAAACCAGAAGCUGUCCUGUUUGAUCCGGGACGCCCUGCAUCACCACGAAAAGGACUCGGCUUUUUAUAUAGCAGAUCCCUUCUUCCAAAACGCCCAUCCUUGGAAGAUCUCCCUGAGUCUGGUCAUGGUCGCUGCGCUCGCUCUGUUUAUUACCGCCUUUUAUCUCUUUAAAAUUAAAGGAAAGCACGAGGCAAAAAUAGCGACGCAAGCGGCGGCACUGUGGGACCAGGAAGCAGAAAUGGAAAAACAAGCCAAAGAACUUGCGUGGAGGAGAUAUGCAGUGCCUAUAGAAGAAGUGAAGGUGAUUCUGGAUCCAGACACAGCCCAUUGCGACCUAGUCCUGUCCGACGACUGCAAAAGUGUGAAACGAGAAGACAAGCCACAGGACAUCCCUGAUAUCCCACAGAGGUUUAAGCCAUGGCGCUGCGUGCUAGGCCGUGAAGGCUUCACCUCAGGGAGAUACUACUGGGAAGUGGAGGUGGUGGAUGGAGGAGGAUGGACAGUGGGGGUUUCUAGAGAAGACGUGAGAAGGAAAGGGGAGAUCGAGUUUAAACCAGAGGAGGGCAUCUGGGCGUUGGGGCAGUGGGCAGGUCGCUUCCAAGCUCUCACCUCCCCUGAUCACACUCUCUUUUCCGAAAUCCAGGGUCCCAAACGGAUCCGGGUGUUCCUGGAUUACGAACAGGGACGGGUGGCAUUUUUCAAUGUUGAUGAGCAGACUCCAGUCUUCACAUUUCCACUAGCGUCAUUCAAUGGGACAAGAAUUUACCCCUGGGUCUGGCUGGGUCCUGGGACAUGGCUCAAAAUGUGGCCCUGACAAAGGGAAGGGAGGAAAAGAAGACCUUUUUUUUUUUUUUUUUUUUUAAAAUCAGACCUCAGUACUUCAUAGACUCACAGAAAGACUUUAGGUUGGAAGGAACUUGUGGAGGUCUCCACUGCCACCUCCUGCUCGGAGCAGGGAUUACUUCUAGGCUGGAUUAGGUGGCAUGCAUUUUCAGAAUCUUCAAGGCUGGAGAUCCCAUCAGCUCUCUGGACCUCUGUCGCAGGGCUGCACUGCUUUCAGGGGGGAGAUUUGCUCCCCAAUGUUUGGUCAAGAUUUCCCUGCUUAUGACUGUUGCCUUUCACCUUCGUGCUCUAAUGUAUGAACGACACGUCCUUUAAAAAGAAUGGCACGUCCUAAAUAGGGAGAAGCUGUUAAAUGCACAGAAUAAAGUUAUUUCCGUGGGAUUUGUCUGUCUUCGAGUCUAGCAUUAGUGCCUGCGUCUUAGGCAGUUGUCUCCACCUCCUUUAUAGCCAGCGGAUAGUUGUAGGUGUUUUUGGGGACGUAGUUACAGAAUCACAGAAUCGUUUAGGUUGGAAGGGAC